AGUCCUGUGGAAACAAGUGCGGAAGGAAAUAUGAGCCGGACUGCAACCGGACCCGGACAGUAAUCACAGUGACACCGGCUGGAUACAUGUGAGUAACACAGUCUCCACAGUUGUCGUGGAUACGCAGCGAUGCGGCGGCUGUACGUUGGUGGUUUGAGCCACACAGUGACUCAGAAGGACCUGAAGGAUCGAUUUGGAAAGUUUGGAGACGUGGAGGAUGUGGAGCUGCGGACAAGGAAGGACGAGGACGGAGUUCCGUACAAAACCUUCGGCUACGUCAACAUCAACAUUUCAGACGCCGACCUGAAGAAAUGUUUAACGGUGCUGAACAAAUCCAAGUGGAAAGGAGGAACUCUGCAGAUUGAAACAGCCAAAGAGAGUUUCCUUAACAGGUUGUCUCAGGAGCGUCAGGCAGCAGCAGAUCAGCUCCUCCAUAAGCCGGCAGCAGACGACCAGAAACAGAAGCUGCUGGAGUCACUGAGCAAAGCCGGAGUGGAAAACUUCACCAUGAAGGCUGCAGUACCAGGAACCGAAAUACCAGGACACAAGGACUGGGUGGUCAGUAAGUUCGGUCGAGUUCUUCCCGUCCUACAGCUCCGCAGUCAGAAAGGCAGCAGAGCUCGAAUGCUGAAGUACGAUCCGUCCAAAUACUGCCACAACAUCCGCCGGCUGGACCGCCAGGAAGUAGACGAGUCCACGCCGGUCGCCCAGCUCACCUGGCAGGCAGGGGGGGAUGAUGACAUCAGCAAAAAGAGGCAGGGCGAGUUUCCACCAUACAAGCCGCCGCAACGGAAGAAGAUCCGGACGUACGAGGUCGACUCCCAUAAUGCAGCAGGAAGAACCAGAUCUGAGCAUCCUGUUAACUCUGUUCAUCAAACUGAAGCUCGUCACGUCACCAACGGAUUACAACCUCGACCGGCUCAGAGGACGUGGAGACGUGACAGCGACAUCGAUUCAGACGAGGAGAUCCGCAGGCUGGUGGCCAAUCAGCAAACCUCCCACGAUGCACUGCAGCAGGACGACAAUCUGGAGGUGGUCGGACUCGACUACUUAGAGAAGUGUGGACACAAAGGUGAAAAAGACGAAGACGACUAUGAUUCUGCAGAUACAGACGAAAUCUUUGCAUCCAGAAAACCUCCUCAGAACCCAGGAAAACCUCCUCGGACUCAAGAAAAACCUCCUCAGACUCAAGAAAAACCUUCUCAGCCCACAACAGGAAACAGCACUGACAGAAAGAGGAAGAAGAGUAAAGCUGAGGAGGAGGAAGACAGUUCAGAUGAUGGUGAAGAACAUCUCACCUCCAAACUUCAGCGAGGAAACGCCAGUAAACAGAAACCAGGUAAGAAACUGUCGGUCGUACCUGUGGUGAAGCCCCGCCUCCCGGAGUCAGACAGUGAUGAUGAUGAGGAGGACGAUGAAGGUGAGGAGUCGGAAUCAGCAGCUUCAUGUUCAGACUCCGACUAUGAAGCCAUGUUUUCCAACGUCACCCAUCUGGAGAUCUCGCUGGCUGAUCUGCAGAAGCUGGCCGAAGAUGCUGAGCAGAAGUCGGAGACUACGGCUCCCAGAAUCCUCAGCGCCGAGCGAGAACCAGACACCAGACCCGCCAAGAAGGGAACCACGCCAGAGGAGAUCCUCGCCGCUCUCCUGCAGGACGACAGCAGCGACGACGAACGAGACAAGAAAAAGAAGAAGAAAAGAAAAGAAGGCAAGUCAAUGACGCUGCCGGCUUUUAAAGGAACGAAGGUGCUGAACGAGGAAUCAGAAAGAGACGAGGAGAAACGAGACCAGGAGGAGGUUAAAGAAGAAAAACUGAACUCUGGAGCUGCACAGAUGAACCUCAGAGGAGCAGACGAUGAAACCAAUGAGGAAGAAGAAGAAAAGGACAUAAGUGAUGCUAAAGUUUUAGAAAUGUCGUCAAGUAAAAGCCCCGAGAAAGAUGAAAGUGACUCCUCAUCCAGUAGUGAUGAUGAUGAUGAUGAUGAUGAGGAAGAAGAGGAGGGUGAUGAAGAAGAGGAGAAAACUGAUAAAUUAAUCAAAGAAGAGGUAGUAAACAACAUCACUGCUCCAAAGGUUUUAAAAAAUUCUUCAAGUCAAACCACUGAGAAAGCAGGAAGUGGCUCCUCCUUUAGUAGUGAUGAUGGUGAUGAUGAAGAGGAGGUUGUGAAGAACCAAACUGCUCCUGAAGUUUUAAAAGCGUCUCCUAUGAACCCAGAGAAAGCAGAGCCUGACUCUUCAUCCAGCGGUGAUGAUGAAGAUGAUGAGGAGGAGGAAGAUCAUCCUCCCGUCCGAGUCGUGCUGGCAGCUGAGGAGGAAGAGGAGCGGCAGAGGAAGGCCAACCUAAGGCGACUGGCUGCCGUCCAGCAGAGACAGAAAGAAGCUGAAGAACACAAGAAGCUGAUCCAGGGAGCUUUAUCCAACCUGGACGCUCCGGCAGCAGCAGCAGGGAAACACAUCGUCUUUGGCUCUGAUGAUGAUGAUGAUGAUGAUGAUGAUGAAGAGCCGUCGAGCAUCUCAGAGCGCUCAGCAUCCAGGAAGAGUCUGAUCAUGGACAGCCAAUCAGAGGCCAAGGAUGCUGGAGAUGAGGCAGCUGCAGCCAAUCAGGAGGAGGCGAGACAUUCAGGUCCUCGACUGUUCGAUGGCAGCGAGGAGGAGGACGAGGAUGAUCACAGGUUUGACAUCAGGCCUCAGUUUGAAGGUCGAGCAGGACAGAAGCUGAUGGAGCUGCAGUCUCGCUUUGGGACAGACGAGCGUUUCAAGAUGGACUCUCGCUUCCUGGAGGAGGACGAAGAUGAAGACGAGUCAGAGACGAAGAAGAGCCCGGUGGAGGAAGACGAAGCUCUGGAGGAGGAGAGGAAGAGGAACCUGUCCAUCCUGAACAGCGUCCUCGGCAGCUCUGAACAAACCUGCAGCAGCAAGACGGCCAGCAAAGCCAAGAAGUUCAGAGACGUGUCGGCGCUUCAUUACGACCCCAGCAGAGAAGAACACACAGCGUUCGAGACCAAAACAGAUGAAACCAAGAAGGAAAGUAAAGCUGCCAGGAGGAAGAAGAAGGAGGAGGCUCAGAAGCUUCCAGAGGUUUCUAAGGAGAUAUAUUACGACGUUUCUGGAGACCUGAAGGCUGUGUUUGGACAGACGAAGGACGGCGAUACGGAAGGAGAAGAGACGACCAACUGGGACCAAGUGGAAGAAGAACAACAGAAAGAAGAGAUGACGAUAUCAGCUGAUCCAAACACCGAGAAAGAAGAUCCAUCUGGAUUCAAAUUCUCCUUCUUCGGAGACGACACAGAGACCACAACAACAGAGACAGCAGAAUAUAAGGUGGAGAUGAUUCAGGCUCCAAAGGUGUCGUGGCAACAAGAUCCAAGAUUCAACGACAGCAGCUCAGAGGAGGACGAAGACGAGCAGGAGGAAGAGGAGGAGGAAGAGCAAAGCAGCUCCAACGCCAAAACUACAGAAGACGAGACGCCUUCAAAGAUGAAUUUAUUCUUCUUCCACCUCGACGACAGCAGAUUAACAGAGGGUCCCAGGUUGUUCUGUCGGACGUCUCAGCUGGAGGAUCAGAGGGAGCAGUGGGAGGAGAGGAGGACUGAGCUCAGACAGGAGUACCGCAAGAAACACAAGGAUGCCCGCAGGAAGCUGGCAUCCUCCCUGAAGAGCUGAGGAUUGUGGGAAGUGAAGUCUUUGUGCUUCAGUUGAUGCUCACAGUUCUGGACUUCAUGAACAGGAUCUGAUAGCUUUGUGUUUUUGUUUCGUUUUUUUGCAGACUGUAUCAGUACAUGGAGUGAAAGGCUAAAUUCACUCAGAUCUAUUUAGUUUGUUUCAGUAAAUACUAAUUAACGAUAUUCUGCGAUCAGAGCUUCUUUUUUAAAACUGAUCGCAACCAAACCUGUUGUGAUCAAAUGAACAGAGAACUAGGCACAUGAAUAAUAAAAUUAAAUAUAAACCUUCUGUUUUUUUACUAAUCAAACAAUUUCUUCACUUUGUGCAUUCCUUUGUCAAUUUCUGGUUUAAAAAAAUGUUUAAAAAUCUACAAAGUUCAGACCAGUUUUUUCAUUUUAGCUCUUUUCUUGGGUGAUAAGUGCUUUCCUCACCUUCAAACUGGACUUUUUCCUUAUUGUAAAAGUGUCUCAGUAGAAGACAGCUGUGUUUAGUUUGUGUUGUUCUGGCGAAUAAGCUGUGUAAAUGUGUCUGCAGCAGAGGAGGCUGCAUUUUCAGGACACUUCUUUUCUAUUAAUAAGUCCUUUUUUGGUUCAGAUAACAUAUCAGAGCAGUAUUUGGGGUGGAAUAAACCUUUAAAACCACAAUGUGUCUGUUAGAAAUGGCUAACUUUGGGUAAAAUAAACCUUUUUAAUUAA